UCGACCUUAUCGUCACAAGGACAUGAAAAAUCUAAAUGUGCACUGGGUCUCCAACAAGAAAGGGUACAUGACAACUGUUACCUUCUUAGAUUGGUUCGAUAACCACUUCAUACCCGAAGGAAAGGAAUACUGCGAGAGGAACAAUCUAGCCUUCAAGCUCAUGCUUCUGCUGGACAACGCACCCGGGCAUCCAACGUUUCUGAGAGGCCGUCAUCCUAACUGCGAGGUCGUGUUCCUUCCCCCUAACACAACCUCCAUAAUACAGCCCUUGGAUCAAGAAAUAAUCGCCAAUGUCAAGCUAGAAUUCUACAGGAGAACUUGGAAGAAGCUUGAAGAAGCACUGGACACUGAUGAUAUCCUUCUGCAAGUGGAGGAGGAGAUUGACGAGCCAGACCAGCAGACAGGCGACCCUUCAGCAGAGCUGCAAGUGGAGGAGGAGAUUGACGAGCCAGACAAGCAGACAGGCGACCCUUCAGCAGAGAGACAGCUGCAGGUGGAUGAUGUGCACGUGAGUGAUGAGCCAUACGGCCAGACAGGUGUUCAUCCACAAGCAGAGUCAGCCAUGCCACUGACCACUGCAGAGGUUGGGGCCCCACACCACUCACAGACAGUGCAGCACACACCUGAUACAACAUUCCAAGCAGCGCCGCCAGGCAGACCCAAGCAGAUUAUGACUGCACAGACUUUCUUUUGUAAUUUUAAUAUCAAGAAAGCAGUGGACUUAAUGGUAGAAUGCUGGCACUUUGUCAAUAUUGCAACGGUGAAGCAUGGAUGGAGGAAGGUUCUCCCGUGGGUGAAGACAGAAAUGAGCGGCGGUGACAGGCAGCGCGUAGCGGCCGCUAUGGACACGUUGCUUCAGGUGGCUAAAACGUUACCCAUCACGGGGUAUGAGAAUGUCAGUGUUGCUGAUAUGGAAGUUCUCAUUGAUGGAGGAGUCGCUGAACGUAGUGCAGAAGACAUGAUUGAUGAUGAGGAGGCUGAUGAUGAGGAGGAGGAAGAAAAAGAGAAGAAAGAUGAGCCAACAGUUCAGCAGUUAACAGAAAUAUUUGCAAUAACAGAAAAAUUGAAGGAGGCCAUUUACAAAUUUGAUUCAAAUUCGGACCGACGUGAGACAUGCAUCCACACAAUUCAAAAGGGAUUAAAUGAAUACAAACUGAUGUACGAAACCCGAGUCAACAACCUUCAACAAGCCUUGAUCACACGCUACUUACGUAACCGUGACAAGCGAGAAGAUAUGCCACCUGCUGUUGUUGCUGAACAUGAUGAUGGAGAGGAUAAUGAUCUGCUUGUGGACAAUGAAGUAGCCCCAGAGAAUUUGGGUGACGACUUUGAAGGCUUCGUACUAGCCGACCAGGAGUGAUCGAGUGACUGGCGACAAGAGGGCAGGGAAUGUUUAUUGUCAUUUCUUUUCUCGUUUUCAUUUUUUCAAUAAAGUGUAUCUCUCCC